AUGACAGAAGCCAACGGUGCUAUCGCCGUGGCUGAGAUCUCUCUAUCGCAUAAUCCAACGGGACCGGAGAUGGAAAAAAAUUGUGUUGCAGAUGAAAGUGCACCAGCACACAAGCCCUACCGCCCUACAAAAUUUCAAAGCAAUAUCACUAUUCUGAGCUGCUAUAUUGCGAAUUUUAGCGACGGUUAUCAAAAUUCCUUGGCUAAUCCAACCAAUGUUAUAUUCAAUAAGUUACUAGGUAAAUCAGGUUACCCAGCCGAAAUGCAGACGCGGAUCAGUAACUCCCUCCUUAUCGGGGCCAUCCUGGGUAUUGUUGCCAUGGGUUAUGUAUCAGACAUGUCAUCGCGGCGUGUCAGUCUUCUGCUUACAUCUGCGUUGGUAACAAUCAGCACAUUAAUGGCGACUUUGGCCCUUCAAGUACACCCUUCUCGAAAUAUGCUAUGGUAUUUUGUCAUUGUCCGGGGAAUUUGUGGGUUUGGCGUUGGAGGGGAAUGUCCCCCAGUGCGGCAGCAGUUUAAACACCGUUACCGAGGUCCCAUAUUUGUCUCUUUUACCACACUAAUGGCAACCCUCGCCGCACCCGUGCAAAUGAUUAUCUACCUCAUCUGCCUGAAAGCUAGCAACAAUAACUUCCCAGUCACAUUUCAUGCUCUAUACUCCAUUGGCACCAUCAUUCCUCUGUUCAUUAUGAUACUACGGUUCUUCAUGACCGACUCGACGCUGUUUCACAAUUCGAAUUUUAAGCACCAACACCGGCCUCUUCGAUUCUACUGGCUACUUGUACGGCGUUAUUGGCGAGUCAUGUUUACCACCUCAUUGGCAUUCUUCUUGUACGAUUUCAUCAACUUCCCAAACAGUAUUAUGAGCAGCACCAUAAUUUCGUCUCUCGUUAAAGACGGCGAUGUGCAAGAAACUGCCAUUUGGCAAGUCAUUCUCACCGCUCUCCCCGUCCCUGGAGUGGUAAUCGGUGCAUGGCUUUCGAAUAUAAUCGGCCGCCGCAACACUGGCAUCGUUGGAUUUGCAGGCUACGUUGUUUUCGGCUUCAUUAUUGGUGGAACCUAUUCUAAGCUGUCCCAACACAUCGCCGCAUUCGUUGUGAUGUACGGUUUGCUCCAGGCCUCGGGUCAUUUAGGGCCCGGUGCCACUAUUGGGUUGAUUUCGUCAGAGGCGUUUCCUACAGCAAUGCGUGGCAUGGGAUAUAGCGUGGCUACAGCGUUUGGAAGGACCGGAGCUGCCGUGGGUACGGAGUGUUUUAUGCCACUGGAGCAGGCAGCAGGGAAGAGUGCAACGUUCUAUCUGGCAGGAGCCGUGGCUGUUUUGGGUAUGAUCGUGUAUUGGGUUUUACCCGAGAGCGGGGAGAAGAAUUUGGAAGAGGAGGACAGGAAGCUGGAAUUGUACCUGGAGGAGAAUGGGUUUGGAAUGAGGGGUAAAAGUUAA